UGCAGAAACGUUUGGUCCCUCCUUGCUCUCAAAAAUGCAGUUCUUGUGCGCCGCCGCCGCCUUGCCUGCAACUGCAAAGCCGAAAAGAAGCGCGUGUUAAGAAGAUUGUUGCUUGGUUCGAUAACUUUAUUUUCCGCGUUGCUCGACUGCGCUUCCCCUCUGAGCCCGUGGCGCGGAGACUUGGACGUUAUCAGCGCGCAUCUCAAAUCUUAUCUUUAGUAAAACUCCAGUCAGCCCUUAAUGUUUCUGUGAGCUGUCGAAUUGGACUGGAUCCCCGUUUUAAAACAGAGCCGAAGUAGACGCUGGCUUGGCCUUGAAAUAUGGACAGGGGCUUUUUCCCACGAAGACCGAGGUUCCCUAGAAGAUGCCAUGAUCAGUGGUUUUACCAGAAUUAUAUGCCAAAUGAAAACUAUUGGAUGGAUGCUUGGGACAUGCCACAGAAUCAGUUUCCAGAGGGAGCCCCUCCAUGGUGGAACCAACACCAUCCAGAGCAAGAGGGGCCCUACAAUGUCGGUUUUGAUAACUACACCCAAAGUUCCUACCCUAGGCGUCCUUACCGUGGUCAUCCUUAUAGAAGAUUUAAAAAGACCUCAUCAAAAGGAAGAGGUAAUUUUCAAAACCCAUCAAGUUCUCGCUUAAACAAUGUGCAGCCAAAGAAAACAUUUGCGAAAGUGAAAAAACAGGCAGAAGAUUCCAAGAAAUUUAAACAGGACAAGGAAAAUACUGCAACUUCAGUGAAAAAAGAUGUCCCAUCCAAGGUCAAACCAAAAGAUAGUCAGCCUGAUGAAGAGUCCCCUAGACAGACUGACUCUGUUGCAUCUCCUGAAGCUGUUGCAGAAGAAGAAUCACCAUCUGGAAUAAAAAAAAACAACCCUCACACCCAGAAUGAAGAUAUUGUAUUGGAUAAACUAAAAGAUUGUGAGGCCACUGAAGAUCUUCUCAGUCAGAUCGUCUCUAUUUUGUCUCCUGGAGUAUCCACAGAAGAUAAAACAUCAUCUUGUAACGCAGACGUCCUUCAAAACAUUGAGGAGAAAGAUUCUGUAUUGACUGAAACUUCAGCCAAGCAGAAUGAUACAGACCACUGUCAAGCUUGUGUUGCUCCAGCUCUUGAUUCUUCCAGCCUUCCAAGUACCCCCAUUGAUGUUCACUGUAAGCCUGUGCUAGUCACAGAAAAAGAUAAUGAAUUGAUUGAAACUUCAGCCAAGCAGACUGAUAUAGAUGACUCUCAAGCUUAUGCUGUUGCUCCAGCUCUUGAUUCUUCCAGCCUUCCAAGUACCCCCAUUGAUGUUCACUGUGAGCCUGUGCUAGUGAGGGGAAAUGAUAUUGGACUGAUUGAAACUUCAGCCAAGCAGACUGAUACAGAUGUCUCUCUAGCUGAUGUUGUUGCUCCAGUUCUUGAAUCUUUCAGCCUUCCAAGUACCCACAAUGAUACUCACUGUGAACCUGUGCUAGUGCGAGAAAAAGAUAAUGGAUUGACUGAAACCUCAACCAAACAGAAUGAUACAGGUGACUCGCAAGCUUACGCUGUUGCUCCAGCUCUUGAAUCUUUCAACCUUCCAAGUACUCCCAUUGAUGUUCACUGUGAGCCUGUGGUAGUCACAGAAAAAGAUAAUGAACUGACUGAAACUUCAGCCAAGCAGAAUGAUACAGGUCACUCUCAAGCUUAUGCUGUUGCUCCAGCUCUUGAUUCUUCCAGCCUUCCAAGUACCC